AUGAAUGUGUGUUUCUCCAGGGGACAGAGGCUGGAGGAGUCGCUGGAGUACCAGCAGUUUGUGGCAAACGUGGAAGAGGAAGAAGCUUGGAUUAAUGAGAAGUUGAAUCUGGUGGGGAGUGAGGACUAUGGAGAUACACUGGCUGCUGUGCAGGGCUUGCUGAAAAAGCAUGAAGCAUUUGAGACUGACUUUACCGUGCACAGGGACAGAGUCAACGAUGUGUGCACUAACGGAGAGGAGCUGAUCAAGAAGAACAACCAUCAUUUAGACAACAUCAGUGCCAAGAUGUCGGCACUGAGAGGCAAAGUGUCGGAGCUGGAGAGGGCCGCCGCUCAGAGGAAGGCCAAGCUGGACGAAAACUCUGCCUUCCUGCAGUUCAACUGGAAGGCAGAUGUGGUGGAGUCCUGGAUCGGAGAGAAAGAGAACAGCCUGAAGACUGAUGACUACGGCAGAGACCUGUCCUCUGUGCAGACUCUGCUCACCAAGCAGGAGACGUUUGAUGCCGGUCUGCAGGCCUUCCAGCAGGAGGGCAUCACAAACAUCACAGCGCUCAAGGACCAGCUGCUGGCUGCCAAACAUGUCCAAUCAAAAGCCAUCGAAGCUCGUCACGCUGCCCUCAUAAAGCGCUGGAACCAGCUGCUGUCCAACUCCUCAUCUCGCAAGACCAAGCUUCUGGAGGCUCAAGAGCACUUCAGAAAGGUUGAGGACUUGUUCCUGACAUUUGCCAAGAAGGCAUCAGCCUUCAACAGCUGGUUUGAGAAUGCUGAAGAGGAUCUGACGGACCCGGUCCGGUGCAACUCUUUGGAGGAGAUCCGGGCGCUGCGUGAGGCCCACGAAGCAUUCCGCUCCUCGCUGAGCUCCGCACACGCCGACUUCAACCAGCUGGCAGAGCUGGACCAGCAGAUCAAGAGCUACCAGGUGGUGUCCAACCCCUACACCUGGUUCACCAUGGAGGCCCUGGAGGAGACCUGGAGGAACCUGCAGAAGAUCAUCAAGGUCUCCACUUCUAACAUUAUUCAUAUUAUAUUAGCUGCUGUUAUUUCUAUUCACUUUCUCCUCUAAGCCCCAAAAUACACA